GCCCCUCCCCGUCCCGCUAACCACUCGCGUCCGACGUUCCGUGGUGCGCGUAUCGUUUGUAUUAUUUACAUUGUAAUAAAUAUGGAAACAUUCAUUGAGCAAGUGAGGAAUCAUCCUUGUUUAUGGGACACUGACAGUGUAUCGUAUAGAGAUUCGGCGCGUAAGGAUUUGGCGUGGAAAGUUGUUGCUCAGAACUGCGGCUUGGUUAACGCAUCUGAAGCGAAAAAUCAAUGGAAAAGGUUAAGAGAUAGUCACAGGGAAGCGAUGCGGAGGCGAAAAACAGCGCUGCAACCUCAAAAUUUCGGUCCAUGGAAAUACGAGAAACUAAUGGAAUUCGUACUGCCACAGAACAGAGAAACAUAUGCUAGUUUCUGCAAUGAAACGUACACAGAAAAUGCCCUAGUAAAUCUAUCAAAUGAAGACAAUGAAUGUAAUAGUGAAAGUUCGACGCUAGAUGUGGAAAGAGAAUACAAACGUCAACUGAAGGAGAAAGAAAGAGAAGAAAUGAGACGUCACAUUUUCGAUGAGAAUAGAAGUAGACGAGAUCCACUAUCUGAUUUAUUUUCUAGUAUGUGCGAGAAGACACGUGAUUUGCCCAAAUAUCUGCAGCUCAGAGUACAAAGGGAAAUAUUUGAUUCCGUCAGUCGCGCUGAAGAGGAAGCUUUGUCUUUUGAAUCGCAAGUAUCUAGUGCUUCCUAUUAUAAUGCUAGUUCUGACAAAUUUGGACAAAUGGAAAUAUGUGAGUUGGCAGAAACGAAAUAUAGACAAACAGAAAGUCCAACGCCGAGCACUUCGGUCAUAGUUCCAGAACAAAAGGGAGAAUUAAAAAGAUAAAAAAUGGUAGAUUAGCUUCACUAAAUGCAAGGAACGUGUCAUCAUAACGUAAAAUUAACUAUUUAAGUGUUGUGUAAAGUAGAAAAAUUGCAUUUAAACAUAUUUAAACUGUUAAUAUACUAAAUCUUUAUCUUAGUAUAGUAAACGUUGUAAUAAAGAUUAUGGUACAGAUGAAUUAGACUAAGGCAAUUGUAUGUUUAGUGUCACAAUGUUUAGACUUUAACUUCAUAACUAUUAUUGUACAAGUGCAGUAUUAAAUCUUUGUUUUCUAGAGAAUCCUAAUUAUAAUCUUAGUAAAAUAAAUGAAUAAUUUAUAUGUAUAUUUUAGAACAAAAUAUUGAAGCUAAAUGAAUUAAGGAACGUAAUAUAGCACUAUAACUUACUGGUUUCCCCUGUGGACGCCGUAACUUUCUCAGAGUGACCCUCGAACUUAACCAGUAAAUACCGAAGCCGCUCAAACUAUCAAAAACUUAAGCACAAUUCCCACUUGUGGCUGACCCCUGUUAAAACUGGAAUAGCCAAAACCGUAGCCUCAACUGUAUACAUUAUCCAUUAAUUAAAUGAAACUUAGAUGUUUUGCCCAACGUGAAUAGAGUGCGUACGACAGCUCCUAAUGUGUAUUUAAUUGACGAAGUAAUAAAUUAUUUAAAUUAUACCU